AUGACGGAGAAUACAAAUAUCAUGCUUCUGGAUUUCCGAACGCGCGACUGGACGACGAUCCUUCCACUGGAACUAUUGGCGCACAUUUUCUCCUUCCUCGCCGAAGUAUAUCCUCUCAACUUCGAUGCGGAUCUCGACCUGAGAUUAGGCUGGGUGACCGUCACUCAUACCUGUCGUCGAUGGCGCACCGCGGCUCUCUUAACGCCGACAUUAUGGACACGAUUAUCCCCCGCCAUGGGGCCGGCGUACGAUGUAUUCCUCAAAAGAUCGAAGGGCGCCUUGCUCACCAUCGAAGGCCGUAUCGACACGAGCGACCUGUUAUACGACCCUAUGUUUCUCCCGUCCAUAUGUCAACAUCGGCAUCGAAUCCAGGAGCUUAGCCUCUCCAAAUUGUCCCCACAAUCCUUCGCUCAACUAUUCAACGGACUUAUCGAUACAUUGCCGAAUCUCGUCACUAUGUCUAUCUUAACAUGCCAAUACGAUUUCCCCGUCCCUCGUCUACCGUCCGCCUUCCUAUCACACAUUACGCCACACUUGCGGGAGCUGAGACUGUCCGCUGUCGACUUUCCUUGCGAAGCUCUUCCUUCGUCACUCCCGAGCCUUCGAACCUUUCUAUUCGAUGACGGUCCCCCGACCGCUCAGAGAGUCGCAACAAGCUUCUCAGAUAUCACACUCACCUUGAGCAAGAUGCCAGCUCUGCGAACUCUCCGCUUGGUGAUGACUUUGUCCGAGUCACAGCUUCCCAUUGGUGCUCAUCUCGGCGAAGUAGUCUCAUGGUCGGACAUCGAGGUACUAGUCAUUGAGAGCAGGAAUGACACGGCAUGGUACCUCUGGUCGUGCUUGCGCGUACCCUCGUCCGCCCAUAUCCAUGUUCGUUCCACUCAGUUAUCGGCGGGAGUGGUCACGCUCAUGAUCUCUACGCUCCAAUCGCAUCUGGCUUUGUCGCCGCUGCCGCACUUUUUAGGGCUGUUCACGCACUCUGUCUCUCGCGGUGUCGAGAACAUGAACUUUCGACUGCGUGGGAGACACGUUGAACGCUUGGGGGAGUGCGAACAGAAAUGCUCCACCCGCGUACAGCCUUCUCUGGAGCUGGGCCUCUGCACUGGCUCAGCAGAGGCCCUUUGGAAACGGCUGUUGGCGGUCUUACCCGUCAAAUCCAUCCAGGAACUGCGCGUGGAUGUGGGCAGCGGUAUCAACUGGGAUUACGAGAAAGUCCGCGAGCUUCUCCUUCCACUGCGAUCCGUGACGCACCUGCAGACUGAUAGUGGCGUCGUUUAUGCGGCCCUCGAGCCUUCAUCCUUCCCGGAGACGAAACCGAAGGACAUAUCGUUGUUUCCGGCCCUGACCAAGCUUCGUGCAGUAUCGUCGAGCCCCACCACGUACAUCAUGUUCAGCAGGAUUUCCGCGCAAGUCAAAGACGCGCUCCGGAGGACGCUUGAACAUCGCAACAGCCUUGGAUCAGGCCAUCUGGAGUUGGUACUCCGACGCAACCGAGGUUGGGAGGAACAUGUGGAUCAGUGGAGAUUCAGGGAAGUGGUUGAAUGGGUUGAACGAGCGGAGUGA